AUGUCCUAUCACAAAUCUGGUUCGCAAAAGCGAAAACAACGCACAGAUCGCGAACAAAAAACUUUAAUUGCAGAAAGAAGACAAGCAACUCUUACUGAUUUUAAUUUUCACUCUAAGAAAAGUUCAGAUGCCAGUGUAAAUCAAAGUCAUGAUUCGACUGAAAGGCAAAGUAGUCAAUCGUUUCCGUGUGCUUCUUCGUCCGCGACAACUGAAUCUGAUUGUAACCAAGCUGAACAGUUUGUUACUUUUGUUUCGUCUGAUCUGGUGCAGGAAAAGGAAAAUCUGCCUGUAGAAACUGAUGUAAAUUUUGCUGCAAUGAUUCAAAAGUCCACAUCCACAGAACGCGAAUCAGAAGUGCAAUCAACGUCCCAAUUUCACUUGACUAACCAUCUUUACGACUAUGACAUUGGUACUGUAGACACUGAUUUUUUACUUCCACAACUGGUUGAUGAAAUGAUUCGCAUUCGAGAAAAAAUACCUUCUGUCUUUCCUCAUGAUCGGUCGAAUGAAUGGUUUCCCGUAUCGCUGCUGUUCAAAAACUUGCCUAAUGGUGAAAAGGUGGAACGCGAUUGGUUAGUUUGGAGCCGCAGUAAGAGUGCUUUCUUUUGCCUUCCAUGUCGGUUAUUUAGUAUAAAUACAGUGAAUCGUUCUUAUCUUUGUUCUCCGGGCGGAUAUUCGAAAAACCUGGUGUGGAAAAAAUUGUACGAAAGACUGCAAUCACAUGAGAAUAAUAAAGAUCACAUUCAAUGUUAUGUGAAGUGGCGUGGGAUGGAAAUGAAUGUCCGAAAUGAAUCUUCAAUUGAUAAGCUGUUGUGUGAACAAAUCAAGGGUGAAGUUAAGAAAUGGCAAGAAAUUUUAACACGUAUUUUAGAUACAAUUUUGUUUCUGGGAGAAAGAGGUUUAGCACUGAGAGGGGAAAGUCAUCUUAUUGGAAAACGAAACAACGGAAUUUUUUUGGGAAUUUUAGAAUUGAUUAGCCACUACGAUCCGUUAUUACGCGAGCAUUUGGAAAAAGUGAAGACGUUCCAACAGCUACACCAGCGUCUGCAAUGCCACUAUCUUUCGCCGGAUAUACAAAACGAAUUUAUAGAUCUGUGUGCUCGUUAUGUGAUAUCGGCCAUAUUAAAAGAACGAGAAAAGGCAAAAUAUUAUUCCUUAAUCGUCGACGCCACACCCGAUUCCGCUCACAUUGAACAAACUACUUUCAUUUUACACUAUCUUUAUUUAAAUCCAGAAGAAAAAAGUAUACGAUUGAAGAACGCUUUUUAG